UGAAGAGACCCCCACAGGAUGAUGUGCCGUUUGCUUGCUCUCUAUGCUCUUUUGCCAAGCCUGGCAGUCGCAGAGGUCUUUGCCAACGACACGUGCUGCCCAGGGCUUGUGUUCCAGGACCGUUGCAACAGCUGCGUGUGUGGCGCCAGCGGCCGGAAGGCUGGGGCAGCCUGCACCAACAGAAUUUGUCCCAAAUCUGAGACGGAAGGGAAUCUGCGAGACAGAGCUCAGUCGCUGGGACCGCUGGAAGGCAGAUGUCAGCCUUUCGUGGCAUUUCCUAAGGGUGAUGGCCUGAACACCUGCACAUGUCCUGCAGAUGGCGAUCUGACGAAAGCCCAAUGCACCAGUUUGAAGUGUCCCAAGGUGGAGCUUGCCGUGCACACGGAGCACGUGUCGAACGGCACCUGCUGCCCGGGCUACUCCUUUAAGUCCACGGAUGGUUGCAACACCUGCCGUUGUAGUGCCUCCGGGCUGAAGAAUGAAUCUGCUUGCACCUUGAUGGCCUGUCCGCCCUCCAUGCUGCCCAGUGAGCGGUGUCUGCCCAUGUCCAACUUUCGGGCGGCAGAUGGUUUCAACAUGUGCACUUGUCCUUGGAGCGGCAUCAAGGCCGAAGCCAAUUGUACUUCCUAUGUUUGUCCCGGGAAAGAGGAGCCAGCAGAGGACGGCACCUGCUGCCCUGGGCUGUUGUUCACCGCAGCCGAUGGUUGCAACACCUGCCGCUGUGCUGCCAGCGGGCAACGCCACGAUUCGCGUUGCACACGGCUGAACUGUCCCCCCGUGCAGCUGCCAAGGGCCUGGUGUGUUCCUCACAGCAUUUUCCCCGCGGGUGAUGGAUUGAACAGUUGCGUCUGUCCAGCCAACGGGCGCAAGGAGGAGGCCAAUUGCACGUCCUUGACUUGUCCUGAGGCACCAACUCUUCCAACGCCUGCCCCGUCCACCGAGCAAGGUCUUUGCUGCCCCAACCGCAGCUUCAUCGCUGCAGACGGCUGCAAUACCUGCAUGUGCUCUGACAAGGGAUGGAAGAAUGCAUCUGCCUGCACUCGCAUGGCGUGCCCUCCAUGGAUGGCGCUGACCCAGAACUGCACGCCAUUCAGCGCCUACCCUGCAGGCGACGGGCUCAACUUUUGCGUGUGCCCUGCGGAUGGCCAGAAAAGCCCAGAGCAUUGCACCCAGUUGGAAUGCCCGCAGCCACCUGUGCGCCCGGGUCGCCCGGGGCGCCCGGGUCGCCCGGGACGACCGAUAGGCACUUGUUGCCCUGGCGUCAGCUACACAGCGCCGGAUGGCUGUAAUACCUGCAUUUGCCCAGCUUCAGGGCUGAUGUCGGAUCCGACUGCGUGCACCUUGAGAGCUUGCCCGCCGGAGGAUCCAGCGGCACGAGGCCGCUGCCAGCCCUUUGCAGCCUUUCCAAAAGGAGAUGGCACGAACACCUGUACCUGUCCAGCCAGUGGUCUUCGACGGGAUGCGCAGUGUACAGAUUUAGCGUGUCCCGUUCCACCGGAGGACGCCAACAAAGUGCUUCUACCUUGAGCUGAAGGAGUUUGUUCAACUUUGUUCGAGCUUCAUCUUUUGAGGGCUGAAGAUGCCCCUUUUGCGCCGGUUCGGCGGCUGCAAGUUCAAACGCCAGGGGUCUACACGAACCAGUGAAGGAUGG